AUGCCACCACGCAGGAGCGCGCGCAAGACCUCAGGCCCGGUUGCCAGGUCUUCUUCCAAGGUGGUCAAACCCGCUACCGUCAAGAAACCCGCCCCGAAAUCCAGGGCUGCCUCCAAAGGGUCCAUGAAAAAGACUGGAAAGGCCGCGGCUUCCAAGAAGGGUAAGGAGGCCGCAAGGUCCCUGACCCCAGAAGACGAAGACCCCAUGGAUAUUGAUGCCGAUUCCAACUCGCGUUGGCUGAUGGACAAGGAGAACUACGGAAAAUUUGUUGAUUACAGCGUCCUGGCUGCUUAUGCCGCCGGGGCAAAUAUCGAAAAGCCACCGCGUGGUAAAAGGCAGCCACGAUGGACCCAUGAAGGGGAUGAGCCUCUGACAAAUUCUUCGGAGCUACCUGAAGGGUGGAACACUCAUGAGCCGGAUCUUCUUGAGGACGAGAUCGAUGAGCAGAUUGAGCGAUGCCACCAGAGAAUUGCCUAUAACAUCUUCCCUGCAUUCUUCGAAAUAAGGCUUCAAUCAUAUCUCGAAAGAAAGAAGAAGCGUGAAGAGAUGAUUGCAUCAGAGCCUGCGGGCCUUGACUUGCAGACCGUUGAACGACUGGUCUCCUUGAGGGCGAUUGAAGCAUCUCUCACUGAAUCCGACGACGCAGACGUGGAUGGUCAGCUUCCAAACAUCAGGGCUCUCAUGAAAGCCUACAGGAAUAAGGAGCUUAUGUUCAUAAGAGGCAUGAUCACCUACUGGUCCAAAGGAGUACUCAUCGGUCCACCAGAGCCGUUCGACCACAAAAGACACGAAGCGUUUCUCGCGCAGUAUAAAACACAUCGGGAGUUCUGGGUUGAAGGGUUUCUUGGAGCAGGGCCUCCUCAACAGAUGGUUUUCUCCGUAAUCGGGCCAACCAAUAACUACUAUUCGCAUGAAAUCUUCACGGAAAUGCGAACGGCUGGUGCAAGCAACAACUGUGCUCCGCUUGGACAGUCAUUGUUGUAUGAUACCGGCGCCGAAAUCAUGUCCAUCAACCAACAGGAUGUGGACCAGAUGCACGCCAUGUCCGGCCUAGAGCCCCCAACCUUUGGCCAUUCACAAUUAGUUACUGGCAAUGGCGUGGUAUCAAGAAGAAUCGUUGAGAUUGAAGUCUCUAUAAGAGACCACAACUGGGCCGUCAUGUGCCCGUUCGUUAAAGUCCUGGCUGCGGUGAAUCCCGAUAAUACAGCAGAGAGACUCACAGGACCUUGGAUGAAAUUCGUCUUAUUUACUGGCACUAGCCCUGGUGCUAAUAACUUGUAUUUGACUGAUAACAAGGCGGAGCUUGUUAAUCAUCUCCCAGCUUGGACAAGUGGUGCUGCCGCUGGCACUGGCCCCUAA